AUGUCGGGUGAAGGUGGGGGAGUGGACUCUUCUUCUGUGGAAUCGGAUCGGUGUGAGUGCUAUGAGGAGUUUGGACACUGGAACUCUUUUGACGAAAAUUUAUUAGAACACUUGGAAGCAACCAUUACUUUCAAAAGAGGCAAGGAAGUAAAACAGACAGUCAGGGUCAAACAGUACCCCUUGAAAAAGGAAAAGGAAAAAAAGGAAGGAAUUAGACCAGUGAUUAAAAACUUUCUGCAACUAAGGUUAUUAAGAGAAUGACAAUCGACUCCUAUUUUGCCCGUCUGUAAACCUGAUGGGUCAUACCAAGUAGUACAGAACCUACGGACUGUUAACAAGGUAACAGAGGAUCUCUACCCUGUAAUAGCAAACCCAUAUACUUUAUUAACAUGUUUAACACCGGAACUAACCUGGUUCACUGUUUCAGAUCUGAAAGAUGCCUUCUUUUGCCUCUCUCUUCAUGAAGCCAGCCAGAAAAUUUUUGCAUUCAAAUGGGAGAACCCCAAGAGCGGGCACAAAACUCAGCUCACAUGGAUGGUGUUGCCCCAGGGAUUCAAAACCAGCCCUACCCUGUUUGGAGAACAACUGGCAAAAGACAUAGAGUCUUGGGAAACUCCAUCAGAAAACAGAAAAUUGUUGCAAUAUGUGGACGACCUCCUAGUGGCCGCACAGACUGAAGAAUCUUCAAGGUUCCUGAAAUAUCAAGCCGUCACUGUGGAACGAGAUGAUGUAGAGAUAGUGGUAACUAACAUUGUCAACCCAGCUUCUUUCCUUAGUGGAAACGAAGGAGAACUGGUAUACCACGACUGCCUGGAAACCAUUGAGGCCACAUACUCCAGCUGUCCAGACCUGAAAGAUACCCCUUUGGACAAUGCAGAAACCUGGUUUACUGAUGGGAGCAGCUAUGUCCUCAGUGGAAAACGACACGCUGGAUAUGCAGUCACCACCUGCAGAGAAGUAGCAAUCAUGCAUAUCAAGGCACACCAGAAGGUGAGCUCAGAACGGAAGGAGGGAAAUGAGCUGGCAGACAAAGAGGCAAAAGAAGCGGCAAGAGUAAGCAAAAUUAUGGCUAGAAAUUUGUAUGCUACUAUCCAACAGGUAACCCGCCAAUGUGAUCUCUGCCUUCAAACAAAUUCCAAAAAUAAUCCUAAACCCAAAGUGGGCCAGAUUGGGAGGGGUAAUGGAUCAGGACAACCGUGGCAGAUCGACUUUACAGCACUUCCAAGAAAAGGGGAAUAUAGAUACUUAUUAGUAUUCGCAGAUACCUUUUCAGGUUGGCCGGAAGCCUUCCCCACUAGAACUGCAAAGGCUCAGGAAGUAACAAAGACAGUGUUACAGGAAAUAAUACCACGCUAUGGGGUUCCAGCCACUAUGUCUUCAGAUAGGGGACCACACUUUAUUUCAGAUGUGGUACAACAAAUUAGUAAACAUUUGGAUAUUGAUUGGCAACUUUGUGCUCCUUACCACCCUCAGUCAAGUGGUCAGGUGGAGAAAAUGAAUCAUCUACUCAAACAGCAAAUUGUGAAAUUAGGCCAAGAAGCCAGUCUGCCUUGGCCCCAGGCACUCCCACUGGCCCUGUUGAGGAUUCGAACUAAACCAAGAGCAUGGGAAGGGUUAAGUCCCUUCAAAAUACUAUAUGGGAGACCAUAUGAGAUUCAACAAGGAACAUCUCCCCAAGUGGGAAGAGAAAUUAUGAACACCUAUAUAACAGAGUUAGGGAAACAACUUAGAAAGAUUGAAAAACAUGUGGCUGGGACUCGAAGCAGGGGAUUGGAUAGACCAGUACAUAAUACACAACUUGGAGAUUAUGUAUAUAUAAAAUCCCUCAAACCUGCAGGCGAAGAAAAUCUUGAACCAGGGUGGAAAGGACCAUUCCAGGUAUUACUCACGACUUCUACAGCUGUUAAGAUCAAGGAGCAGAGUGCCUGGAUUCAUCUUACUUGA